AUGCCUUCAGAAGAAACCACCCAAGCUCUUCCAUUUGAUCUUGAUUCAAUCUGCCUUACAUCUCUGGAGAAAAUUGGCGAAAGAAUCUCUGGAGAGGCUCAUCUCGUCAAGGCCUUUGGACGCGAUGUCGCUGCGAAGACUAUUCAGUCACCGAAACAUGUGAGCGGUAUUGACAUGGAAGACAUUGAGGAAACAAUAUCAAGCCUCUAUCGAAAAAUCACAGUGCUUCAGUACCUUGGCCGGCAUCCUUACAUUGUACAGCUCAUUGCAGCCUAUGAAAAACGCAUCUGUUUAAUUCCUCUUACCGUGCCGGUUCUUCUCUUUGAAUACCGUUCUUUUGGUAAAGAUGAUAAGCGCCGUCUCCCAUCUUCGCAAACCCUCUUUGAAAGUUCCUUUACAUUGGUCUACAUUGGCGCUCAUAGUCAAUCGAUAUCUUGUAUGGUCUCGUCUUCGCCAUAUUCCUGGACCACGAUUGGCACCAUUUUCAAUUUAUGGAAGCUCAAAUCAGCAUUAUCCGGCAGAAUGUCAGAAGCGUUGAAUGAUGUGUGCGAAACAUAUGGUUCAUCGGCGCGUAUUGGACCAAAAGAUCUUAUUUGUAGUGAUCCUCAUGUCAUUCGACGUAUGAGUACUGCAAAGUUAGGAUAUCUUCGAUCGAAAUUUUAUAGUUCUUUCGCUUUCAACCCUGAUCGAGAUUCCAUGAUAUCGACUACAGAUGAGAAGGUUCAUGCUGACUUGAAAAUGAAGACUGCUGCGGGUUAUUCGGGCAAAGGUUUUGAAAACCUUGAGCAAUUAAUCAAUAGACAACUUGAUGCAUUCAUUGAUUUGAUUGAGCAAAAAUAUCUUUCAACACCAACCGAUUUCCGACCUUUUGACUUUGCUAAAAAGAGUCAAUACUUCACAUUGGACGCAAUUACAGAUGUAGCAUUUGGAAAGCUAUUUGGAUGUAUUGCUCAAGAUGACGAUAUGUACGAUUACAUCAAAACAGUUGAUCAACUACUACCCGCUGCAAAAAUUGCAGGAGUCUUCUCAGUUGCAAAAGACAUUGUUGCGAAGCGAUUCGGAGAAUCCAAAAGGGUCCAAAAUGGAAUGCUUGAUUCUUUCAUUGCCCACGGACUCACUCAGAAAGAAGGUAAUUCCGAGACAUUGCUUCAAGUAAUCGCUGGUACGGAUACGACUGCCACGGCAAUUCGAGCCAUGCUACUUUUUAUUACAACUUCUCCAACUUGCCACACGGCCUUGCAAGCUGCUAUGGACGAGGGCGUCAGAAAUGGCAAAAUAUCUUCCCCGGUGACUGAUACUGAAGCAAAAGCAAUCCCUUACUUACAAUCAGUUCUCAAGGAAGUACCUGAAGGCGGCGAUAUCAUUAAUGGCUUUAUUGUCCCAGGUGAGACUGAUAUAUCACUCAGUUCGAUUACUAUUACGAAUUCGAAAGACACGUUUGGAUCAGAUGCAGAUAUUUUCAGGCCAGAAAGAUGGCUCGAAGCUGACGACAAUGAAAAACUAAGGAAAAUGACUCUCGCAGCCGAUUUAGUAUUUGGAUCUGGGACAUGGUCUUGUUCCGGGAAGAACAUAGCCAUGAUGGAGAUGGGAAAGGUUCUUGUGGAAUUAUUGAGAAGAUUUGAUAUAUCCUUGGUGAAUCCGACCAAUCCGUGGAAAUCGUUUAGUGCUGGAGCAUACAUAGAAUCCGAUCUAUUCGUCCGGUUCGUCAAAAGAGCACAUAGAUAG